CUCCUAUUUGAACUACUGGAAACCAUAACAAGCCCAGAGCAUCAAGACAACCAUUCUUGGACCUGGUGUUCAUCUCAUCCCACUUCCGUCAUCCUAGGCCUCUACUCUCCUUGUUAGCUGCUUCCCUCGUUUGACAUUUCGCAGGAGUUGUCUUUUCCCUGAUCCGCACCGAAGCUUGUAGUAGCUAUUCCUCCAAGCAACCACGGCCGCUAGCCACACAAACUUCACCAUGGCCGACGAGAUUGCCCCAGAGUACGAUGUCAUCGUGCUGGGCACAGGGCUGACCGAAUGCAUCCUCUCGGGCGUGCUCAGUGUUAAGGGGAAGAAGGUCCUCCACAUCGACCGCAACGACCACUAUGGCGGUGAGGCAGCGUCGGUCAACCUCGAAAUGCUUUUCAAGAAAUAUGGCAACUUCGCCAAGGGCACCGAGCCCUGGAAGCAGUACGGCCGCCUGAACGACUGGAACAUCGACCUGGUGCCCAAGUUCCUAAUGUCCUCGGGCGAGCUCACCAACAUACUCGUCUCGACCGACGUCACCCGCUACCUCGAGUUCAAGCAGGUCGCCGGCAGCUACGUCCAGCAGGGUUCCGGGCCCAAAGCCACCGUUGCCAAGGUGCCCUCAGACGCUGCGGAGGCUUUGAGGUCGCCUCUGAUGGGUAUCUUUGAGAAGCGCCGCAUGAAGACCUUUAUCGAAUGGGUGGGGCAAUUUGACCCCAAGGACUCGGCCACGCACAAAGGUCUUGACAUGAGCACCUGCACCAUGAAGGAAGUCUAUGACAAGUUCGGCCUCGAGGCCACGACCAAGGACUUCGCCGGCCAUGCUAUGGCCCUCUACCAGACCGACGCCUACCUGGACGUCAAGGGCGGCGCCCCCGAGGCCAUUGAGCGCCUGCGCCUGUAUGGCAACAGUGUGGCCCGUUACGGCAAGUCGCCGUAUAUCUACCCGCUGUACGGUCUGGGCGAGCUGCCGCAGGGCUUCGCCCGCCUGAGCGCCAUCUACGGCGGCACCUACAUGCUCAACACGAGCGUCGAGGAAAUUGUCUACGAGGGCGAAAAGGCGGUCGGCAUCAAGGCGACCAUGCGCGGCAUCGAACCAGAGAUGAAGUUUGAGACGCGCGCCAAGACCAUCAUCGGCGACCCGAGCUACUUCCCCAACAAGGUGCGCGUCGUCGGCCACGUGCUGCGCGCCAUAUGCAUCCUCAAACACCCCAUCGCCAGCACCAACGACGCCGACUCAUGCCAGAUAAUCAUCCCACAGUCGCAGGUCGGCCGCAAGAACGACAUCUACAUCGCGUGCGUCUCGUCAGCCCACAACGUCUGCCCCAAGGGGUAUUGGAUCGCCAUCGUCUCCACCAUCGCCGAGACGUCAGCGAACCACCACCUCGAGCUGGCGCCGGGCAUCGAGCGCCUGGGCCGCAUUGAGGAGCAGUUCAUGGGCCCGCCAAUCCCGCUCUACGAGCCCCUCGAGGACGGCACAAAGGACAACAUCUUCAUUUCCAAAAGCUAUGACGCCACCAGCCAUUUUGAAUCCGCCACGGACGACGUGCGCGAUAUCUACCGCCGUCUGGCUGGUGAGGAGCUGGUUGUGGAGGGGCUGCGGGAAGGGAUCCAGGUCACGGCUGAGUAAACGAACAAGUGCAGUGGCGAAAGAAUUGAGAUGGUGAGGGGAUGGUGAUAUAGUAGGGAUAAUACAGUGAAUUCAAGCGCGUGGACCUAUGUUCCUAUUGACCUGCUCUCCCAUCCUUUUGACUUCACCGAGAAGGAAUGGUCCACCGCGAAAUGGACCUACAACCUGUCGAGUUGUGGUCUCAAAACGGAUUUUCCUGAGAAGAGGUUUGAGUGAUGUAUCAAAGAAGAGCAUGGGCUGCCGCUUGCUCGGUUUGGAUGGGCUCAAUUGGAUGUACGACUUUGAGCGGCGACAAUACAAACGGU